CAUCACCGCAACGGUAGCCUCGUUGAUUCCUGGCGACGGGAAUCGUAUCAGAAGAGGAUCCUCCGAGUCGAGAAAGGGAGACAAGAUCAUGGCUUCAGCACUCGACAAGGGCAAGGGAAUGGCCUCAGACGCAAGUGACAAACCCUUGGACACGAGCGGGAAUCCAGAAUGGGUCACGUUGGAGAGCAGCGAUGGUUACCAAUUCAUUGUCGACUACAAUUGCGUAACCCGCAUCGGUUCUACGAUCCCCAAUAUGCUCGACAUGAGCAGCGGGUUUGCGGAAGCGCAGGCGGGCAAAGCCAAGUUCCUCGAUGUCAGGGGUGUGAUUCUUGAAAAGGUGAUCGAAUACCUAUGCUGGAACAUGCAGAACUCGAAUCUCGGCGAGAAUGAACGAAUGUCUGACUUUGAGCGGCGGAUCCCACCUGAGAUGGUGUUAGAACUGUUCAUGGGCGCCGACUUCUUUGAAGUGUGAUCGAUUUGGGCCAAAACAUUGUAGCAUACAGUCAAGUUUCCUUCCAGGUCGAAAGCCAAUGACGACAAUGUGUGGACAGUCUCGCGAUGCCAAAAACGAG